AAGUCUGGAUGAACUCCAUCAGCCUCAUCAGUGUGUUUGCUGCGACCAGAAUAACUUCACUUUAUUAUAAUUUCAUAAGGAGGAGAUGUUUGUUUUUACACUCAGUCUCUGGACAAACAUGUGGAGCAGCUGGGAAAUGUUUAUUAUCGGAGCUCUGAUGCAUUUUAAAGCAUUUUAGGAGAGAAAUAAGUGUUAAAAGCCGCUGAGAAGUGCUGUUCUUGGCGGUGAAGAGGUGAGGUUUGGAGGCUCCACAAACAAAAUGCAGAGAGCAUCAGAACUCUACGUGACUUCAAUAUGAAGAGAAACAAGUCCGCUAUCAGCUCCGUCACUCUCAGCCUUCAGCACUUCUCCUACAUUUAGUUUUUAGCCUUUUAUCAGUGCAGAGAAAACACAAGUGUCCCGGCUUUCACAGUGCACAGAGGAGCCGCGGCCUGGCUUGAGUCUCCACGGUUCUCAUGGUGUGUUCAAGUACAGCCCGCUGCUCCGAGCCCUGCAACAGUCCCUCAGACUCUCUGGUCACUCCGUGAGGAACAAAGCUUAGAGGAAGUCAUGGCAGAUAAAGAAGUCGCUCCCGCCGCCCCGGCCCCGGCCAAAGCACCGAAGAAGAAGGUUUCCAAACCCAAACCGGCUGGUCCCAGCGCCAAAGACCUCAUCAUUGCUGCUGUGUCCGCAUCCAAGGAGCGGGGCGGCACGUCUCUGGCCGCCAUCAAGAAGGCUCUGGCUGCCGGCGGAUACGAUGUGGACAAGAACAAGGUCCGCGUCAAGACCGCCAUCAAGGGCCUGGUCGCUAACGGGACUCUGACCCAGACUAAAGGGACCGGGGCCUCCGGAUCCUUCAAGCUCGCCAAGAAGGCCGCCGAGCCCAAGGCCAAGAAGCCCGCAGCUAAGAAACCUGCAGCUAAACCUAAGAAGCCCGCAGCCAAGAAACCUGCAGCGGCCAAGAAGCCCAAGACAUCGGCAGCAAAGAAGCCAGCAGCCGCAAAGAAGUCUCCCAAGAAGGCCAAGAAACCCGCAGCGGCCAAGAAAGCCACCAAGAGCCCCAAGAAGGCCACCAAGCCCGCCAAGAAGGCUACACCCAAAAAGGCUGCUGCAGCCAAGAAAGCCCCCGCAAAGAAAGCUGCUGCCAAGCCCAAAGCCAAGAAAGCAGCACCCAAGAAGAAGUGAGCGCCACAUCACUCUCAUCACCAAAGGCUCUUUUAAGA